AUGGCGGCCCCUUUCGCUCCCGACUAUGCUUCGUACAACUGGACUGGCGCUCCGGCGAACUUUGACCUCUCUACUAACAAGGAUUUGGGCGGCAAUUCAAGGGUUGAAAAUCUGAACAAAUGGUUCCAAUCUGGCGACCAGGCCUACAUCAUCAUUGCUUCGGCAAUGGCGAUGAUCAUGGUUCCUGGCCUGGCAUUUCUCUAUUCUGGUCUUGCUCGUCGAAAAUCGGCUCUUAGCAUGAUAUGGGCUUGCAUGGGUUCCAUGUCCGUUAUCUUCUUCCAAUGGUACUUUUGGGGUUAUUCCCUUGCCUUUUCAACAAGCGCGACCAACGGAUUUAUCGGAAACCUGAGAAAUUUCGGACUUAUGAAAACUCUUGCGGAUCCAAGCCCUGGUUCUCCUCUCAUUCCUGGGUUACUUUUCGCACUAUACCAGAUGCAAUUCUGCGCUGUCACAGCAGCUAUCGUAAUGGGAGCCGUAGCCGAACGAGGCCGUCUCCUACCCGCCAUGGUGUUCGUUUUCUUCUGGGCAACUUUGGUUUAUUGUCCAAUUGUCUGCUGGGUAUGGAAUAGCAACGGUUGGGCGUACAAAUACGGGGUUAUGGACUAUGCUGGUGGAGGUCCUGUUGAGAUCGUUUCCGGAAUGUCCGGUUUUGCCUACUCCAUGGUCCUCGGCCGUCGUCACGAACAUAUGAUGCUCAACUAUCGUCCUCAUAACAUGUCUUUGAUUGUAUUAGGAACGGUGAUCCUCUGGUUUGGCUGGCUUGGAUUCAACGGUGGUUCGGCGUUUGGUGCCAACCUUCGUGCUGUAAUUGCAUGCUGGAACUCCAACUUGACUGCAGCGUUUGCCGCCAUCACUUGGGUUCUCCUCGAUUGGCGACUUGCUCGAAAAUGGACAAUGGUUGGUUGGUGUUCUGGUACGAUUUCUGGCUUGGUUGCUGCCACUCCCGCUUCCGGUUUCAUCCCGCCCUGGGCCAGCGUCAUUUUGGGCAUUGUGACCGGCGUAGUAUCCAACUACAGCACCAAGAUUAAAUAUUGGCUCAAAGUUGACGACUCCAUGGAUAUUCUCGCUGAGCACGGCAUCGCAGGAAUUGUCGGUCUUAUUUUCAAUGCCUUAUUUGGCGACGACUCCAUUGUUGGCCUUGACGGCGUUAAUGUCGGUGCCAUCAACCCGGAGACCCAUACUCGUGUGGGUGGUUGGAUCAUCCAUAACUACCGCCAGCUGUACAUCCAGAUUGCCUACAUUCUUGCGUGUGCGGGUUAUUCCUUCGUUGUCUCCGCUAUAAUCGCUUACGGUAUCAACUUCAUUCCUGGACUCCAUCUCCGUGCCACUGAGGAAGCUGAACUCCUUGGCAUGGACGACGACCAGCUCGGGGAAUUCGCAUACGACUACGUCGAAGUUCGACGGGACUAUCUUGCCUGGACUCCCCAAAGUAUACAGCCUAGUGGCCACAUCCACCAAGUUCCUCGCCCGGACCUCUACGGCUUCCACGAGCACAGCGCCAUGGCCGCCCGCCCCGUGCAAAACGGACGGAUUUCCGCGAGCCACAGCAUGGAUAACAUCCCCAAAGAAUUCUCGUCUGACGGUCAGACACCAUCCGGAUCCGCCAGCCGACAGCCUAGUCCGGAGCGAAGAAAUAGAUUGGCGCGGGUUUUCGCCUCCAAGCGAUCACAUCCGCCCCCGGUGCCCUUGCAGAUGCCCGCAGCAUCAGCGGAACAACACCUCACAUCCUUGGAAUCGAACCAUGAAAUGACGAUACAUCCGGCCUCUUCUGACAAUCUCUCACAGCUGUCGCCCCAGGAAUCAAUGGUGGCACCAAUAGGAGCCCGUCAAGCCACUCAAGAUGAUCUGGAUGAAAAGUGCGGAUAG